UGCUGUUGUCUGUGUGCUCCUGAUUUAGCUGCAGAAUCUAAACUGUUCCCUUUCCUGAGCAGGAGGUUUUACCAGGUUUAUGGCAAUGGCCCCAGACCUUUCGACCUGACACAGUUAAACUUCAAAUCCACUUGCCAGAGGUUUGUUGAGAAAUACAAUGAGCUGAAGGAAGAAGGGAAAAUUGAAGAGGAGAAGUUGUUUGAAGAGACAGGAAAAGCCCUUUUAGCCAGUGGGAUCCUUUUACAGAGAAGAGGAGUAGAUAAAGUGGCCCAGCAGGAGCAGCAGAGUGCUGGAUCCAGGGAUCCUGCCUUGCAGCUGCAGCUGCAGAGUGUGCUGGAGGAGCUGCAGGAGAAGAGGAAGGACAGGCAGGAGCAGCCACCAGAGCUGGCAGGGACACAGAAGGAGAAUCCCCAUCCCUCCUGACAGCCCUGCUGAGCUGUGUCAGCUCCAGCCAACCUCCAGCCCUCUUUUGGGACAUUUCAUCCUGGUGCCCUCCAUGUGACACAUGCUCCCCUCUGCCCAGCUCCACAUUGAUAAAGUCACAGAUAAUCUUAUUUUUUUUUUAGGGUUCAUGACUGUUUUCUGAAAUAGAGUUGGAAAAUACCGAGUGUAAAAGUGGAAAAUUAAAACAUUUUCUUUAAAAACUGGAAGUUCUGCCUGUUGAAGUGUCUCUUUUGCAGUAGUGAAGAUGUUUCCUGCUGGGGGAAUGGCAGAUCCUGUUUGUGUUCCAGCAGCUGUCUGAAGUGUCAUCUUUUUAUAGCUGAUUGAGGAAAGUGCUAUUUAUAGAAUGGUAUAAUGUGCUCUUCCCAUUCCAUCACUUGCUUAAAUCCAGAGCAGGAUGAGGUGUGGCAAUACCAGAAAACUGGGAGCUUUGGAGCUUUUUAGUGACUCCUGAUGGAAUUGGCCACCUUUGAGGUGUGAAAAUGGGAUGUUCCAGCUGUUUGCUGAGAGAAAGGUGAUGCUGCUUGGGAAACACUGGGAGUCUGGCAUGGAAAAAAUAACAACCAAUCUUCCUGCAAAUCCAGUGGCUGGCUGAUCUUCCAUUAAACAUUUUGGCUUGGGCUGUGU